GCGCGGCCCGGCCAGCGGCGGCUCGGAGCGGAGCGGUUGCGAGGGCGCGGAGGGGCCGGAGCGGCGGCGGCGGGGCAUGGACCCGCGUGAGCAGCUCCAUGAAGCAGGUGGGCAACCCGCUGCCCAAGGUGCUCGGCCGGCGGGCGGCCGGCGGCGGCCUGGAGGCAGAGCGGGAGAGCUUCGAGCGCGCCCAGACUGUCAGCAUCAAUAAGGCUAUUAAUACACAGGAAGUGGCUGUCAAGGAGAAACACGCCAGAACAUGCAUCCUGGGCACGCACCACGAAAAGGGGGCACAGACCUUCUGGUCAGUGGUGAACCGGCUGCCGCUCUCAGGCAACGCCGUGCUCUGCUGGAAGUUCUGCCACGUCUUCCACAAGCUCCUCCGCGACGGCCAUUCGAAUGUCCUGAAGGAUUCUGUGAGGUACAAGAACGAGCUGAGUGACAUGAGCAGGAUGUGGGGCCACCUGAGCGAGGGCUAUGGACAGCUGUGCAGCAUCUACCUCAAACUGCUGAGAACCAAGAUGGAGUUUCACACAAAGAACCCACGGUUUCCCGGCAACCUCCAGAUGUCCGACCGGCAGCUCGACGAGGCAGGGGAGAGCGACGUCAAUAACUUCUUCCAGCUGACGGUGGAGAUGUUUGACUACCUGGAGUGUGAGCUGAACCUAUUCCAGACAGUGUUCAGCUCCCUGGACAUGUCGCGCUCUGUGUCGGUCACGGCUGCGGGGCAGUGCCGCCUCGCCCCGCUCAUCCAGGUGAUCCUGGACUGCAGCCACCUCUACGACUACACGGUCAAGCUGCUCUUCAAGCUCCACUCCUGUCUGCCAGCCGACACACUGCAGGGCCACCGGGACCGCUUCUUGGAGCAGUUCAGAAAGCUGAAGGACCUCUUCUAUCGCUCCAGUAACCUGCAGUACUUCAAACGACUAAUUCAGAUCCCACAGCUCCCGGAGAACCCUCCCAAUUUCCUGCGAGCCUCAGCACUGUCAGAGCACAUCAGCCCUGUGGUGGUCAUCCCCGCUGAGGCAUCCUCGCCUGACAGUGAGCCCAUCACAGACUUGGUGGAAAUGGAAACAGCGUCACAGAGUCUGUUUGACAACAAGUUUGAUGACAUCUUUGGCAGCUCAUUCAGCAGCGACCCCUUCAACUUCAACAGUCAGAAUGGGAUGAACAAGGACGACAAGGACCGGUUAAUAGAGCAGCUCUACAGGGAGAUCGGGGCCCUGAAGGAGGAGCUGGAGAGCUUCAAGGCUGAGAAUGAGCGUCGCACCCUGCAGCUGCGCGGGCGCAUCAGCGAGCUGGAGGCUGAGCUGGCUGAGCAGCAGCACCUGAAGCAGCAGGCGCUGGACGAGAGCGAGUUCCUGCGCACUGAGCUGGAGGAGCUGAAGAAGCAGAGGGAGGACACGGAGAAAGCGCAGAGGAGCCUGACAGAGAUCGAACGGAGGGCACAGGCGAACGAGCAGCGAUACAGCAAGCUGAAGGAGAAGUACAGCGAGCUGGUGCAGAACCACGCUGACCUGCUGCGGAAGAAUGCGGAGGUGACCAAGCAGGUGACAGUGGCGAGACAGGCCCAGGGCGAUGUGGAGAGGGAGAAGAAGGAGCUGGAGGACUCCUUCCAGCGGGUGAGCGAGCAGGCUCAGAGGAAGGUGAGUAGGGCGCAUGGCACAGCGGGGUCGUCCUGGGGAUGGGGACAGGUGGUGGGGACAGGGAUGGGGCCUCACACCCCAAGGGACCCUCCUGGUUACACUCGGAGGGAAGCGGGUGAGUGCCCCACAGGGGCCAGCUCGGGGCGACCUCUCUCCUGCCCACAGUCUCAGGAGCAAGCCGAGGUGCUGGAAAUGCUGAAGCAGGAGCUGGCGGCCAGCAAGCAGGAGCUGCAGGUCCUGCAGGGCACGCUGGAGUCCAGCACACAGGUAGGAGCAGAGCAGAGUACCCGGAUAGCAGACCUGGAGCAGGAGAGAGACAGCCUGAGCCAGGCGGCAGAGCGGCAUGGUGAGGAGAUGGCAGCCCUGCGGGCUGAGCUGCAGCAGCUUCAGGACACACUCAGCAGUGAAAAGGAGAGCAGCAAGAAGGAGCUGGAGACACUGCAGACACAGCUGCAAGACAAGGAGAGCAUGGAGCGGACGCUGCAGCAGCGCCUCACCGAGGAGCAGUUUGCUCUGCUGCAGGGCAGCGCACGGGAGGCAGAGAGGAUGGUGCAGGAUGCCCUCAGUCGCCUCGAGGACCCCGCUCACAUCAGCUGCACUGGCUCAGCGGAUUACCUCCUGUCCAGGACAUUGGCAGCCUCUGAGUGCACAGAGAGGCUGCAGGAUGCGCACAGAAAAUACCUUUCCAAUCGUACAGAUGUGAGCAGCCUGCUGCCCUGCGUGGCCCUCUUUGCCCACCUCAUCAGCGACACCAUCCUGCAAGGCAGCGCUACCUCCCACAUGGCCCCGAUGGAGCCCGCUGACCGUCUGCUGGAGAUGUGCAAGCAGUGCGGCAGCGAGGCCAUGAGCUACCUCAGCUCCCUGCAAGACCUGGAUAGCGUGGAGGGCGCCGACUGCACCCCGGUGACCAGCUGCCUCAGCCGGAUCAGUGCCAUUGGGGAGGAGCUGCGACCCAGAGGACUGGACGUGGAGCAGGAGGAGCUGGGUGAUCUGGUGGACAAGGAGAUGGCAGCUACGUCAGCGGCCAUCGAGACUGCGGCCGCACGGAUCGAGGAGAUGCUGAGCAAGGCCCGGGCUGGUGACACUGGGGUCAAACUGGAAGUGAAUGAGAGGAUCCUGGGCUCCUGCACAGGCCUUAUGCAGGCAAUCCAGGUGCUGGUCCUGGCGUCCAAGGACCUGCAGCGAGAGAUUGUGGAGAGCGGACGGGGCGCAGCGUCACCCAAGGAGUUUUAUGCCAAGAAUUCCCGCUGGACAGAAGGCCUCAUCUCUGCCUCCAAGGCUGUGGGCUGGGGAGCAACUGUCAUGGUCGAUGCUGCUGACCUGGUGGUGCAAGGGAAAGGGAAAUUCGAGGAGCUGAUGGUCUGUUCCCAUGAGAUUGCAGCCAGCACCGCACAGCUGGUGGCAGCUUCCAAGGUGAAGGCAGACAAAGACAGUGCCAACUUGGCCAAGCUCCAGCAAGCUUCUCGGGGUGUCAACCAGGCCACAGCCGGCGUGGUGGCCUCCACCAAGUCUGGAAAGUCACAGAUUGAGGAGAAAGACAGCAUGGACUUCUCUAGCAUGACACUAACCCAGAUCAAGCGUCAAGAAAUGGACUCUCAGGUGCGAGUGUUGGAGCUGGAAAACCAGCUGCAGAAGGAGCGGCAGAAGCUGGGGGAGCUGCGCAAGAAGCAUUACGAGCUGGCAGGAGUGGCAGAGGGCUGGGAGGAGGAUGCCACCGACUAGAUGCGGCAGCAGAAGCAGCCAGCAGCAGACACCCCUUCGGUCGGCUGGGACCCAGCUUGGUGCAGCCCCUUCAGAAGAUACACAAUAAACUGGUGCAAAAUCCACCCCGAAGCACACGUCCUCUGCGUUCCCCGAGAGCCACCUGCAGCGCUGGAGGACCGAGAGCCGCGUCGCUGCUGAGGGAGACCCUGGGGCCAGGAGCGAGGGCUCCCCAGCCGCCCAACCUCACGCCAGCUGCAAACUGCACAUGUAUUUAUUAGAGCUGCUUGGGGGGUCUCUGGGGUGGUCUCUAACCCUUUAGUUUCAUUUUUGCACAGAUUUUCUGAACUGUUUGACCCAGCUCUGGCGGACCAGGAGCAUUCGGGUUUCCUUCACCUCUUGCUGCUUCUCCAGCCUUAAUGCGUUAACUGGCUCAGCGCAAACACCUCCAGGGAAGGAGCCUGCCCGGUGCAAAGGGCCGCAGGGAUGCAGUGGGGUCAGGAACUGGCUCUGCUGGUGCUGCUGGGCUAUUUUGGGGCUUGGUGCUAGGCAUGCUCCCCCGGCCCCAGCCCCCUGGCCCGCUCAGCUGCUGGCAGCAGCCAGGGUGGUGGGUGGGUCCGUGUGGGAGCAGAGUGCCUUUGGCCGCCGUAAGGCCAGGGUCCCGUGCUGCUGCCGGGUCAGGGGCUCGUUCACACGAGGCAGCCUGGGUUGCUGAACCCUGGCAGUAAGAGCCGUUGCCUCCUCCAAGCCCUGCAGAGCUCACUGGGCCCAUUGGCAGCCAGGCCAGGUCCCAGCAGCAGUGCUGGGAGCAGCCAGCAAUGAGGAGGGCUUGGGCUGGCAGUGAGAGGAAGGUUGUGACGAGCUCCUGUCCCCGUGUUCCCAAAGUGCCCUGUCUGGAGCAGCGCUUGGAGCAGAGGAGCUGGGCUGGCUGGCCCUGUGCAGCGCUGCGCUGCCCUGAGAGAUCACUGUGUCAAUGCCAGCAAUAAACCACUCUACAAGGUGCUUGGCUCACAUUUGGGCAACAUCUGCUCCCAGGCCAGCAGCUCCCAGAGGCAUGGAGUGGCUCAAGGGCAGCAGCACGGAGGGGUCGGGGUGCAGCCAGGGUGCCCCAAAGCUGCAGCAAGCGGCCCUGGCGUGCCACUGUCCUCAGGGGCAGGGGCGGCCGUGGGGCUGGUGCUGAACAUCCCACCCCAGCCAGGGAACCUUUGUGCCUUGGAGUAGGGGACUCGCAGGGCAGGGGUGACCUCCGGCCCCCAGCCCUCCAGGCCCCCAGCUCAUCUCACUGUGGCGGGGAUGGUGGGAUCAGACCAGCGCACAGCAGUGCACAGCCAUGUCCUCACCCCGCCUGGCCCCCCAUCCUUGCCAUCCCCAGGUUUGCUGGGAUGUGCCCACGGCCAAGCUGGGCGGGCACCUGUCUCCCUCCUGGGACUGGGGUGCCCUUCCCAGCAGGAGCGGACUGCGGCAGGGUGCUGUGGGGCAGCAUUUGGUCACUCUCCCUUUUAGGAUGCGGUGGCAGUGGUUGGCACUGCCUGGCCAUGGAGGGCAGCGGGUGGCCUUGGCACCCAUCAUCACCCAGGGUGGCUGGGCUGUCACCAUCUGCGUUCCUGGUGACAUGCAUCAGCUGUGCCAGCCACUCAGACGUCCCCCUGCCCAGCCACCCCAGCCAGCACCGUGGCCCUGGGGCUGCCCCAGACAUGGGAGAGGGUGACAGCCACUGUGCCCCGUGCGGGCACCCUGUGGCCCUAUGGGUCCCGCCACGGCGAGCUGCUGCCAAACCGCCCCCUCCGCAUCCCCAGCCUGCCAGGGCCCCCAGAGAGCUCCCGGCCUCCCGGUCCCUCUGAAAGCAAUACGAGCCACCCCUCUGCUGCGGGGGCCCGGGGAGGCCCGGGUGCCCCUGAGCCCCCGCCGGCUUCUCAGGGGUCUCGCUGGCGCAGGCGACCACCAGCUGCUACCUCAGGUUUCCAGGCUGGGCCCGGCCGGGCCCCGGGGUGGCGGGAAGGGGACGGGGACGGGGACGGGGGACGCGGCGCUGCUCUCGGUCACAAACACUUCUCCCUCCUCCUGGGCCGCGGCCAGCUCCGGGCCCGGGGCCGUCCGCGCGGCGGGGGCGGGCACGGCGCGGCUGUCCCGCGGGUUUUGGCAUCGUGCGACGCGUUUGUGCUCCCGGUUUUUAAAUAAAGCCUCCGGCCCUGCC